CGUUUGGCGAAGAUGGCGGAUUCGCUGUCGACAGGUCUGGCAGAGGAGAAGGAGAAGGAGAAGGAGGGCAGGGAGAGGGACAAAAAGGCCGCCACGACAGACAAGAGUAAGGACAAAGACGGAGCCACGGAAGCGCUGGGCUUCAACGACAAAAACGGCGGCAGUAAAGGCAAGAAACGCAACCUGUCAGACUUGUCUCUGGUCAGAUUCAUAACUACUGAGCUCACCAGAGGCUACUUCCUAGAACACAAUGAGGCCAAAUACACAGAGCGCAGAGAGAGGGUCUACACCUGCCUCCGCAUCCCCAAGGAGCUGGAGAAGUUGAUGACAUUUGGCUUCUUCCUCUGUCUGGAUGCCUUUCUCUAUGUGUUCACCCUGCUACCCCUCAGGGUGAUUCUGGCCCUUUUACGACUCUUCACAGUGCCAUGCUGUGGCCUCAGUGGCUCCCGCUUGCUCCAGCCAGCCCAGGUGUGCGAUGUGCUGAAAGGCUUCAUUAUGGUGCUCUGUUACUCAAUGAUGAGCUACGUGGAUUACUCCAUGAUGUACCACCUCAUCAGGGGGCAGUCUGUCAUCAAACUCUACAUCAUCUACAACAUGUUAGAGGUGGCAGACCGCCUUUUCUCAUCAUUUGGCCAAGACAUCUUGGACGCUCUUUACUGGACAGCCACAGAGCCCAAGGAGAAGAAGAGAGCACACAUAGGCGUGAUUCCUCACUUCUUAAUGGCUGUACUCUACGUCUUUCUUCAUGCCAUCCUCAUCAUGGUUCAGGCCACAACUCUCAAUGUAGCCUUCAACUCCCACAACAAGUCCCUUCUCACCAUCAUGAUGUCAAACAAUUUUGUGGAGAUCAAAGGAAGCGUGUUCAAGAAGUUUGAAAAGAACAACCUUUUCCAGAUGUCAAAUAGCGACAUAAAAGAGAGGUUCACCAACUACAUCCUCCUGCUCAUCGUCUGUCUGAGAAACAUGGAGCAAUUUUCAUGGAACCCUGACCACUUCUGGGUGUUGUUUCCUGAUGUGCUCAUGGUGAUGGCCUCAGAGAUUGCCGUGGAUGUUGUCAAGCAUGCCUUCAUCACCAAAUUCAAUGACAUCAGCGCUGAUGUCUACGGGGAAUACAGAGCCAGCCUUGCCUUUGACCUUGUCAGCAGUCGACAGAAAAAUGCUUACACAGACUACAGUGACUCAGUAUCCAGAAGAAUGGGCUUCAUUCCUCUUCCAUUAGCUCUGCUGCUCAUCAGAGUAGUAACCAGCUCAGUGAAGAUCCAGGGUUCACUCUCCUUUAUGUGUGUGCUGCUGUUUUACUUGGGGAUGAUCACGCUGAAGGUGCUCAACAGUAUCGUUCUGCUGGGAAGAUCUUGCGUGUUCGUCAAAGAGGCCAACAUGGAAGAAAAGCUCUUCGACCCUCCACCCUCUGUCGUCUCCAGCCGUGCAAACUCCAGAGCUCAUCGGACCAAACAUGUUCACACUUCAGCACAGCAAGAACCCGCAGCUGACAAAGGAGGUAUAUCCCUGGCAUCAGACAUUUCUCAGCCCACCAACAUGGCGGAGAGCUCUGCCCCCACACUACCCAAGAGCGACUCGGACACAUUCCUGACGACGCCGGACGAGGAGGACGAUGACAAAAUCAUCAACGCUGACACAGGACUGGAAGAAGAUGGACUCAAACACAGAACACCCAAGAAAGACUUGCUGGAGAUAGACCGCUUCACUAUCUGUGGCAACCGAAUAGACUGAACGCCAUAGGAACAACCAGUCAGUGCAGUGUCCUGGCAACACAGCAUGGUUCAGGGAUCAGACACGGGUCACGGAGCAUGCUCAGACCUGACUUAUUCUUGUGCGCCUGACCCCUCGAAUAUUUAUUUAUUUAUUACUGACAAAACCAGCCAAGGCAUAAAGCUGUUACUACAAGCAUCGGAGGUCGCUUCAGACAUUUCCAGCUGGUCCUGUAGGUGUCCAAUGAUCCCCUGGCACUGGGUCACGGUAGCCAUGGCAACGUGCUCGCUGAAGAAGACGACGGGGAAAGCGAGGGCGGGGCAGACGGCAAAGAGAGGAACAAAAGUGCAUAUGUCAAAUUGUGUGUGAUCAUAGGAACAUUACAGCUGGACUGUGCAGGUGUGUUCAAAAGCACAAUCAUAUGUACAGCGAAGAGUUUUUCGAAAGAACAAAACUUGUCAAUUUUUACAUUUUUUUAAUUUGAAAAGUCUGAUAAAUUCUAAUGUUUGAAAUGGAGUUUUUAUGACGAAUCUUUGACCGUUUUUCUAAAUCGACCGUGUUCAGCUGCAGGACGAUGACUCACAAAAACAUGAACAUCUCAAAGUCGUUGUGUAGACUCAACCACCAACAAGCAUUUAAGGAGAUCCUGUUUCAAUUGAACUACAGUAAUGAGGUCAGGUGCAGUCCAACACGUUAAACAUGGCAGUAGUGACACGAGGAAUGGUUUUGCAUGAGUGCAGCAUCUUCAGUUUGGCGACUUUACCUUUUAGACACAGAUAAAAGCUUGGAGGUCUUAGCAUAAUGCCAUUUGUGUUGAUAUUGUUAGUUUGAAGCACUGAGAAGUCAAGGCGCUAGUAUUUAUUUUGAGAUGAUCUCCCAAGCCAGACAGAGUUGGGGAGUAUUUCAUUUUCAACUGGUUUUCUUUUCGAUAUGCUUAUUUUCUACAUUUAUCAUUCAAGCAUGUAGCCUACAGAUAGUCAUGACAACAACACAGGCGUAUAGCAUUUUAUCAUGUUGGCUUUUUAAUGUUGGAAACUGUGAACUGACCUUUAUAUUCAUGGUGUGUGCAUCAACAUAAACACAUUUUCCAAGUUCUCACUAUUCAGAGUGUGAGUGGUAUGAAAAAAUCACAGAAAAAAUUUCAUAGAGGCAGGUAAACUUACUUCAAGUUCACUGGGUGCUUGGGCAAAGCUGCAAGAAUGAGCCACCUCUCAAAAAGAAAAGCUUAAGAGGUGGGGUCAUAACUGCACUAUAACCACAUAAAACAGUGAACCCAGCAGAUUUCUUUUGCAAUAGAGCUGUUCAAAUGGAAAAUUAAGAUUUGCUUUGUGAAAAUGCUGACGUUUAUUGUUGUUGGCUGCUGGCUUUUGAUUAUUGAAAGAAGGUCUUGCUACAGUAGGUGUCUGUGUAUCCGUUGGUCUUAAUUGCUGUGAAAGAUGAUGUUUAAUCAAUUAACAUGUGGAGUCUAACUUUGCCCUAGGUUUGUCCUCUCAUGUGUUAACAUUAUUUCUUAAUCCUGAGCCAAAAAAUAGCACAUGGCCUUCAUUCAAUGUGGCCACUGUGAACCAAAAUGUAAGUUUUAUUACACGAUAUACAGUAUUUAUCUAUACUGCUAUUACUUUAUAUCAUGUUAAGUAUUUUUCAUGCAAAAUAACUCAUUUAUAUUUUUUGUGUGAAUGAAAACAGUUUAGAUUAAACUCAUUUUGGUUACUUGGAAAGGAAUAAGAGUUUCACGUUGGGCUUUAUAGUUCUUUGAAACCAUAAAGCCGUGCUAUAGUAACACACAGCAUGCAGAUUUUUUAUUAUGCAAUGAACAAAGCAUUUUUCCAUCCAAAAUAAAAAAUAAAUCACCAGGCAUUUGCUAUCUGAAAAAAAAAUGCAGAUUUAAAUGUAAGAUUAAUACAUGAGAGGCACAACCAGGGGCCAAGUGCAGCCUCGUUGUAGGAACACAGUCAGUACAGUGAAAUACAAAACUGCAUACUUGUGAAAGAAGGAUGAAGAGUGUGAAUGCCUCAUGACCUUGUGUGUGUGUGUGUGUGUGUGUGUGUAUGUGUAUGUGAGGUUAUACGCAGUGUAUGUAUGGAUCUCACUACCUAAAGACAUAGUAUAUGUACAAAUCAAAUAUUUUGUUUUUUAUUUUUCAUGUACAACCCAUCUGUGUAAUGCAUCUCCUUACAUGGUAGGAGAAUAAAUCAAGACUUUGUUUUGUAA